ACAUUUAAGAUGCGUGUUUUUAUAGUUUCUAUGCAAGAUUAAAUUUUAUUUUAUAUCAACAAGUUAUAAAAAUAUAUGAAGAAAAUAUGUAAUUUUACAGUAAGAAUUAAAGGUAUUGUUAGUUCAAGGAGUGUUCGAGUACCUUUAAUAGUGUUUCGUAUCAAACAUUAAUCACGACAGAUGCAGAGUCAUCACUAGUUAAUCAAUUCACCGUCUGAUUUAUAGCACAAAGCUGAAUACAAAACCAGUGAAUAUUGAAAUUUGCUGAAUUUUAUCAGACUCGCCUUGACUGCCGGUUGUACAUACUCCUUCAACAAAUAACACAAUAUAGAUAUUUCCUUUUCUUUCUCCAACAACACAAUAUCUAACUAAAAUGAUGUGGUGUGCUGUCUGGUGUGCUCUGAUGAUGGCGGGCAGCGUUUGGUCAGAGACGGUACCAUCUACCAACGGCCUCGCGCAGCCCAUCGACUGGGCACAACUUGAUUCGUCCCUACCAGAUGAUGAAAGUGUAGCCUACGCGUCACCUAUGGGCGGCCGCUAUGCCAGCGCACCGUGGGUUUACCUGUUGGCUGAAGUACCGAGAGACACGCAGAGAUAUCCGGAUCUUCGCGAGGGUCGUUCUAGACCGAAGCGCAAGAUGCCGUCGCUGUCUAUCAACAACCCCAUGGAGGUGCUCCGUCAGCGACUCCUGCUGGAAGUGGCUCGUAAACAGAUGCGUGAAGCCAACCAACGACAGGCCGUCGCCAAUAGAGUCUUCCUACAGAACGUUGGCAAACGAGGUUUUUGGGGAGAUUCUGGGUCCUUUCGCUACGACAACUAAAGAUUUUAGUUCCGCAAGUCAACCAAUAGACUGCGACAACCACAAGUCACCCUAAGAAGAACAUACCUGACAAUUACACGGUUUAUUUAAUAUUUAACAGAGCAGUAUUAUUUUGUUGUUUUACUUUUAAGCUAUUAAUUUAAUAAUUAAAACAUUUUCCCUGUCCCUGUCGAAAUACGUCACGGUCCUUAUAUUUAUUUUUUUAUCUGUAGGCUUGUUUUGUAGUGAAUUCCUAUGAGCUCGACGUAAUUAAUAUCUAUCAUUAUAUAUAUAAAAUCAAAGCUUAAUUAGUGUAGAUAAUAUUUUGUGCCAAAAUAUUACGUUUUUGAUGUUUACACCUAAUUUAGUUAUUUAUUUCUAUAAAAAAAAUUACUAAUAAAAUAAUUAAAACCCUAUAAAAAAAUAUUC